GUUGCUUUUCACCAGGAACGGUGUUUUUCUAAAGCGGCUGUACAUAGCAGCCAUUUCUGAUUGUUUCUCCUGCUGUUUAUUCUAGGUUUGUUGUGAGGGGAGUCUCUAUCGGAGUGACAACAACUCAAAGGUUUUCUUCUGGGUAGUUUUCCCAGCUGAAUCCGGUCGGGAUGGAUCCAACGAGCCGAUACCAAGUGUUCCACAAUGAGGACGACUCUUCUGAGGCCUCGACCAGCGAGCCGCAGCCGUGCACUUCUGCCUCCGUCCAGGCUGCCACAUCCAGCCCGGACCAGAACCAGAACCAGGUGCUGGCAGGGGAAGCAUCGGGAUCCAUCGCUCAGGGGGAGUCUGACUCUGAGGCUCCUCCCCCCCCUUACGCCUCCAUCGACCUGGGAGCCACCGCUGCACCCGAGACCGGUUACAGAGCGGACUUCCCAGUGCCCCCCCCCUACAGCGUCGCCACCUCACUGCCCACUUAUGACGAAGCAGAGAACGCCAAAGCAGCCGCACUGGCUACCUCCGCUGUGGAUGUGAUGCCACUGGAUGAUGAAUUCCCUCCCAGAGACGAUUUCAGUGACGCCGAUCAGCUCCGAGUUGGGAACGAUGGAAUCUUCAUGUUGGCCUUUUUCAUGGCCUUCCUGUUUAACUGGAUCGGGUUCUGCCUCUCCUUCUGUCUGACAAACACCAUCGCCGGACGCUACGGAGCAAUCUGCGGCUUCGGCCUCUCCCUCAUCAAGUGGAUCCUCAUCGUCAGGUUCUCCGACUACUUCAACGGCUACUUCAACGGGCAAUACUGGCUCUGGUGGAUCUUCCUGCUGCUCGGCAUCCUGCUGUUCUUCAGGGGAUUCAUUAACUAUCUUAAAGUCCGCAACAUGUCAGAGAAUAUGGCGACUAACCAUAGAACACGCCUGUUCUUCCUCUACUAAAAAGGUUUCCACAUUAUAACCAUUCCUUUCUGAUGUAAACCCCCCCCCCCCCCCCCAGCCCCCGCCCCUUCCUCGAAUGACCUGAGUGAGAAGCCUUGCAGUGAAGAGAGGAGACGGGGAAGUGAACGUAGGGAGAAAGUGCUACUAGUCUCAUUAAAAAACGCCUCACUGAACUCAGUCGAAAAACAAGUCUUUGAUGAUCAGAUCUCCUCCCUGGCUUUCUUUUUCAUUUCCCUUUGAUUCAAAGCUCUUAACAUUUAAGAAAGGGUCCCAUGUAUGCGUCAUGUAUCUCAAUACGAUACAAUCAUUCUUGAUUAAAUGUAAUCACAAUGGAACUAUUUCAAUGAAACAACAACGCAAUAACUUCCCCUGUGUAAACAAACGAGACACCAGUGCUUCCAGCUUCUGUCUGACAUUUACAAACAGACAAUGUACAGGAAGUGGAAACAUUUGAUAUUAAAAUCUCCCCGUCAGCUUCACCGAUCAUUAAUGCGACAAAGAUCAAGGAUCAAGAGUGCAGCUUGAUUGACCUUUUGCUCAUGAAAUGAUAUUGUGGAGCAGUUUGAGCACUCGCUAAGCCAUUCCACAAUGUUUAAGUUCAGGGAGUUUGGAAAAAGUCUUACUUUAUUGUAGCAUUUUUACAUUUUAACUAACGUGUGGCGAAAGUCAGUCUCCUUGAGCUGACAGUGUGCAUCCUUCUAACAUCUGAGCCAAGAGGAAAUGUAGAAUAUUUUCAUCCUGAUCGCAGAGAGAAGCUUUUAGUGUUUCUUAAAAUAUGACAGAACUCAAUUAAUUCAAAAAUUAGGUAUUUUGAAAUAGCUGGAAAAGGAAACAAGAUAUUUUUAAUACUCUCUUUUUGAGCCACUAGCAGACAAAUGUGUGCUUUACUAAAAAAGCCUUUUAUAAGACUUGCUGAUCUGACCCAUGCAGUGAAGAUGUUCACCAUGACAUACUUAGAGGAGCAGGGCUACACUUGAAUCAAAGACAAAUGGAAAAGCAUCUGCCUAACUAUCAAAACCAAAUCUCUGUUCACGUUUCUGAAACACAUCUGGAGAAACGGUAACUGAGGAGAUCAGAGGAGGCUCUUUGGAGAUGAAUCAGUGUUUCCAGAUCGGAGGAAAGCAGCUUCAUAAUAUUAAUAAUUAGCAUUUGAAAUAUGGUUGCGUGCCAGGUUAGAAUAAAACUCUUAGGAAUAAAAGAGCUGUAUGCAAUGUAGUGAUUUGUAAAGACCUACAAUAGUCCUGUGAUCGUGGAAUAGGUGUAUUCAUCAGAUAUUGAGUGUGAACGGAGCACACUCGCCAACACAAUAUUUUGAUUACUAGUCAUUGUAAUAAAAACUAUUAAAAUAUGACUGGUUGUUCAUGCAGAGAAACACUUGGAUCGCGCCCUCGGACUUUAGCUUUUAUGAUCAGGAAAAAAAAGAUAUUUUCAUACAGCGAGAAGCGUUUUGACGAUGUUUCCUGUUAUAGGUAGAGAAAUCAUUUGGUAAACAGAACUAUCAGUGAGUGAUACAGCGACGAAGCCGUGGAAAUGGAUCCUGACUGGACGAAUCAAAACAGGCUUUUUUGUGAUUAUUUUUGUCAUCCAGAAAAAUGAAAUGUAUAUACCAGCUUAUGCCAAUUCAUAAUAUUUGCACUUUGAAUAACUUUCUGUACAGUAUGAUGUGUGGAUCUGCUUAACUUGAUGUGGUGGGUAGAGAGAGAAACUAGUAGCCAUCCAAGUUUAACAACUGGAAUUCUUAAUCAUCCCAAAUGGAUAAUUUGCCUUUUGCACUUUUUUGUUUUUCAAAAAUGAUAAUAUUGUUAUUGUGUGUCUUGUUGCGUUGCGUCUACUCUACUUUUAAAAUGCUUUUCUUCCCUCUCUUUCGAACCCUAAAGCCUCUUUCAGCGACUCAAAGCUCUGCUGCAUGAUUUAUCCACCUGAACGAGUAAGGGUUCAUAUUAGAAUGAAUCUUAACCACAUUUCUUUGUUUGUAAAGAAAGAAAGAAAAAAUGACACGGCAGCCAAACCAUUUUUUGUCCGAGGUAAUCCUUGUAACGUCGUCUGAAACAGGUGUUAUGCAUUUAUUGUAACUGGAAUUUAAUGACCAAUGAUUUCUUGCAAAAAUGCCAAUAAAGUUCAAAUGCCUGCCGGUUAAAAUUG